GCAUCAGCAUCACCGGAAUGAGUAACAGUGCGCAACUUGGAGAAACAACUACACUGUCCGGGGGAGCGUGAUUGUAUGUGUGUCCGUCAACUCUGAGCUUCACGAGCCUGUUUGUCACGGUCUCUUCAACGUAUUCAUGUGGACCUAAAGGUGCCAUAUAAAACAAAAAAAGAACCCAAAAAAUCCUACGCGGACUCUCUGUGGAGCUGCCGGAAAAAAGGGAGCCAUGGAUUAUAUAAGAAACCAACAUACUUAUCUCUCCAUCCUCCUUUUGAUAAUUAGCAGUGCCUGUCACGCCCUUCUGGACAGGUUUCAGGAAGAGAACUCAGAUCAGAUGUUUCCUCGUCACCUGGACUCAGAAGAUGACAGCCAAAUUACCUUCUGUGAUUUUGAGUCACUGUGCCUCUGGACUUUAUCAAAUCAUAGCGACCAAAGUGACUGGUCAGUGGGGUCGCCACAGCAACCAGAGAGCGCGCAGGCUGGGAUGAUGCCUGCGACCGACCAUUCAGAGGGAAGCUCUGAUGGGCACUUCCUUCUCCUAAGCUCCUCCCCUGCUGCAGAGGCCUCUGGGAGAUGCGAGUACCACUUAACCAGCCCGCUCUUAGCAGGAAGCGACAGGCACUGCAUCUUGCAGGUGGCUCUGUAUGAGUCCAGUCCAGCGUUGGGGAACCUCACACUCCUGAUCAAACCAGUUCUCUCAGAUUCAGCUGUUCACUCUGUGGUCCUCAACCACAAGAGGCGAGCCGGCCGCAGGGCUGAGUGGCAGGUUCUGGAGAGUGUGAUCGGCCAGGUGGACGAGCCCUUUGAGGUGACCCUCCUCUACACUUCCUGUUUGGGGCAAGAUGGAGUCACUGUGGCUCUGGACUCUCUGGAGCUCAUAAACUGUGAAUCAGAACACGAGGACGCAGUUUGCGGAGAAUCUUUCCACUGUGUAAACUCAGAAGUCUGCAUCGACCCGAGCCAAGUGUGUAACUUCCACACUGACUGUCCGUUUGGAGAGGAUGAGGGCUUCAUCUGUGGUGCUCUUCCGUUUGGCUCACACUGCUCAUUUGAGCAGGAUACCUGUGGUUGGUCCCUGUCCAACAAGCACUCGGCCUGGAGGAGGGUCGCUGGAGAUGAGCUCCUGGAGAGAGAAGACAUGCAGGGUGUCACUCUGCAGAGUACACCAGGGCACUUCUUGUUUCUACAAGUAAGAGAGAGCAACUCCCUUCAAGAGGCGUCCAUUCAGAGCGUUUCUUUCCCCCCUCCAGUCUCCACUGCUGCCUGCCAGAUGCACUUCUCUCUGUAUAUACAUGGGGACUUUAAUGGUUCAUUGUUGGUGGCUAUAGAGGAUAAUGGAACCACUGCUGCACCACUGGUGUGGGAGAGAAAAGAUCAGCGGGCAGAUGACUGGGAACACGUUGCCCUGCAGCUGACUGGCCUCCAUCAUGGGUUCCAUGUGAAGGUGACAGCUGUGUGGGGACAAGGCUCCAAUGCUGAUAUUGCUCUCGAUGAAAUUGCAGUUGGAGCAACCUGCUUCAGUACAGAUCUCAACUCUCUGCUGUCCAUGACGGGCUUGGAGGAUAUCUUAAGCCCCCUUCCAGAGCCCUCCCCCUCAGAGGUUUCUCUGAUGACAUGGUGGUUUAACUCGUGCGGUGCCAGCGGUCCUCACGGCCCGACACAGGCCCAGUGUGACAGUACCUACAGAAACAAAAAUGUCAGUGUUACUGUGGGGAAGGAAGGCCCAUUGAAAGGAGUCCAAAUGUGGAGGGUACCGGCUACCAACAGAUAUCUGAUCUCGGCCUACGGAGCUGCGGGAGGGAAAGGAGCCAAAAACCACAACAAACGCAACCACGGGGUCUUCAUCUCUGCCAUAUUUCCUCUGGAGAAAGGAGAUAUACUUUACAUCUUGGUGGGCCACCAGGGAGAGGAUGCAUGCCCGGGGAGAAAUCCCCACACUGAGAAGAUCUGCCUGGGAGAGUGGUCAGUGAUUGAAGAUGAUCUCAGGGGAGAGGCUGGCGCCGAGUGGGCUGGAGGAGGAGGUGGAGGAGGGGGAGCUACCUACAUCUUUAAGAUGGAGAGCGGCGAGCUGAUUCCCUUGCUGAUUGCAGCUGGUGGAGGAGGAAAUGCUUACCUCGAGGACCCGGAGUCCAGCCUGGACCAGAUAUCGCUGGAGCAGUACGAAAACAGCACCACACGUCCCAGUACCAACGGUCGAACCGGCGCUGCAGGUGGAGGUGGAGGCUGGAAAGACAGUCCCAGUCCUUACCUGAGAGCCGGCAAGUCUCUGGUGGAGGGCGCAGAGGGGGGGUCAUCAUGUCCGCUGGCCCAGUCCAAGCUCAGCUGGUCCACCUUCGGGGGUUUUGGAGGCGGAGGUGGGGCCUGCACAGCUGGAGGUGGUGGAGGAGGGUACAGAGGAGGUGACGCAGCGCUGACGGAUGAGAUCACAGCCGACGGUCAGAACGGAGUCUCGUUCAUUCAUCCGAUGGGAGAGAUUUUCCUGCAGCCUCUUGCUGCGAUGGAGAGUCAUGGGGAGUGUGAGAUCAAGGUGCAGCUGAACUGCAGCCACUGCCAGACGCAGAGCUGCAAACGCGAUGAAGACACUCACCUCAUCCUCUGUCUCUGCGAGGAAGACGAAGUCCUGGCCAGCGACAAUGUUACAUGUAUUGGUACUGUAGCAGCUCCUCAAGGCCCGGCUCCGCAGGGCCCGAUGUCGACAUCGCUGAUCCUGGCGGUCGUGGUGUCCACUAUUGCGAGCGGCAUCGCGCUGAUCUGCACCGGCGUCAUCCUCAUGUGGUGCCGCAGAAAGAACGACCUGCACGCAGUGAGGGGGCGUCUGCAGAGUCCAGAGUACAAGCUGAGCAAGAUCCGCUCCUCCACCAUCAUGACGGACUACAACCCCAACUACUGCUUCGCAGGGAAAGCGGCCUCACUCAGCGAACUGAAGGAAGUACCGCGCAAGAACAUCACACUUCUCAGAGCUCUUGGCCACGGCGCUUUUGGUGAAGUCUAUGAAGGACAGGUUCUGGGGAUGAGCGGUGAUAACAGUCCCAUGCAGGUGGCCAUAAAGACUCUUCCAGAAAUCUGCUCUGAACAGGAUGAAAUGGAUUUCCUGAUGGAGGCGCUGAUUAUGAGCAAGUUCAGCCACGACAACAUUGUGCGCUGCAUCGGAGUCAGCCUGAACAUCUUGCCACGAUUCAUCCUGCUAGAGCUGAUGACCGGAGGAGACAUGAAGAGCUUCCUGAGACAGAACAGGCCACGAGCUGGCCAGACCUCUUCUCUCACCAUGCGGGAGCUGCUGCGGAUGGCCAGAGACAUCGCCUGUGGCUGCCGCUACCUGGAGGAGAACCACUUCAUACACAGAGACAUUGCUGCUAGAAACUGCCUGCUCACCUGCCCUGGACCGGACAGAGUGGCUAAGAUCGGAGACUUUGGCAUGGCACGAGAUAUUUACAGAGCCAGCUAUUACAGGAAAGGCGGCCGUGCCAUGCUGCCAGUCAAAUGGAUGCCACCGGAGGCCUUUAUGGAGGGAAUCUUCACCUGCAAGACUGAUACAUGGUCAUUUGGAGUGCUGCUGUGGGAGAUCCUCUCUCUGGGCUACAUGCCCUAUCCGUGUAAAACCAACCAGGAGGUGCUGGAGUUUGUCACCAGCGGAGGCAGAAUGGAUCCUCCCAAGGGCUGCCCCGGGCCUGUCUAUCGGAUCAUGACCCAGUGUUGGCAGCACUGUCCUGAGCACCGGCCCAAUUUCUCAACUAUCCUGGAAAGAAUUAACUACUGCACUCAGGACCCAGAUGUGAUCAACACACCUCUACCAGUGGAAUAUAGCCCUAACACAGAGGACGAUGGCGGCACAGUAAUCCGUCCCUCUGACCACACCUCCACCAGCCUCACUCCACUCCUGGUGUCCCACCCUGUUUCCCAGGAUUCCUCCUCCCAGCUGGGGCUCUCCUCUCUGGGCCUAAGUCCUACUCCUCUUCCCCCACAGCCCACCAAACCUCGUCUGCUCCUCCAGAGAACCCAACCUGUCCACCAUGAAGUGACAUCGUGCCGCGAGGCGCUGGAGCCGUGCUGGGCUGAGCCUGUUCCUGCCCCUGGUUUGUCAACAGCUGCAGGAAGCCACUGGCUCCACCCUGAGCCUCCACACCACCAACCUUGCUCCAGAAACAGCUCCUCCUCAGGGAGCCAGAGGCUGAAGAACAAGACUAAGAACCUGUGGAACCCAACGUACGGCUCCUGGGUUUUGGAGAAUUUCCGAGGGAAGAAAACACUGGCUCACACUCAGUCCAUGCCACUGUCAAGCUCCUCAUCCUCCACCACCAACACACAGACCUGCAACCCAACCUCAGAGAGCAACGAGGCUGGGGGCGACAAUGCCAAUAGCACCCACCUCGUUCCUCCCUCAACUCCAUCCCCUUCAUGCCAGGCUCCAGCUGCCCCAAGUACGUCCUCACAUAAGACCCCAGCAAGUGGGACCACAAAAGCUGGCAUGGACUUGGCUAAGCUGCAGAGCUUCCCCUGUGGCAAUGUCAACUAUGCCUACGAUGAGCAAAGCUACGAGGCAGAGAGCCUGCCCCUGGUUAUGCCCAAAGGCUCAGAAGCCAUCACAAAUACAAGCUCUGCCCCGAGUGUCUCCUCAGGGACAAGCCUGGGUUUGGCGUUAGGCCUCCAUUCCUCCUCAUCUUGUAUGCCCAAGCUGCUGCUGAAGCGCCACGCCAGCUAUGGACACGAGGACGUGAGGAGGCACACCAAAGCCGAGAAACCAACACGCGACCGAGACUCUGGCUUUUCUCUGUCUGAAGACCUCAGCGUUACCCCAAUCUAAGAAACGGCUUACUGUAACAGGGAUUUGGAUUUAUAUUGAAAAUUGAAAAUGUCACUGUCAAUGAGCCCCUUGUCUGACACACUCAGACAGACAGAUUCAAGCUCGGGAUUUGUGAAACAAAAAGCAUGACCACGAGGGCUCCACCACAGUCUGAGAGCCACCGCAUCAAAUCGUUAGAGCUCCUGGAAUGCUGGAAAAAAAAACACACUCGAACACUCACAUGCACACAAACACUCCUCUGCACUGUGAUACAGGGAGCCAGUGCUGGACUCUUUUCCUUGGCUUCUGGUAAACUGGUAGCUGAACACUGAAGCUGAAACACUGGACGACAUGCAGCCCUGCACUUUCCCAAUGUCAACACUGUUGGUGAUGGCUGCCAUAAAUAACUGCUGUAGUUGGACUCCAAUUUUUUUACCAGCUUUUUCUUUGUCUUUUAAGUGUAUUUUUUUCACAACAGCCUUGGCAGUAAUAUGUGUUGCAUUAUUGUAAACAACUGGUUGGACUUCGUAGUAUUCAGCGUGCAGUGCGACCCCAACAAGCCAAAAAUAUUGAGCCACUGGGAAGAGAAUCUUUGAGAAUGUGCUUUAUUAGAAGUUUUCAUGUCAGUGUGAAAUCAGAAGUAGCUUUUUGUAGACUAAUUAAAGUUUCUUUGGUAUGGUGGUAUGGAAUUAGUGAGUUUGUUUCAUUUAUAAUUUUAUGCAUAUAUCAGCAACUUGUAGUGCUUGUCACGUGAUUCCGAUUUGCUUUAACCCCAAAUAAUGUGAAAACACACGCUCCCAAACUACUGCAAUAAUGUGUUUCCUGAAAAUACAGUAUAUCUUGUGCCUGAAGGUUUAUUCUUGACUUUGGAAACAAGUUUGGCAAAAAGCUAUCAACACAACAUCCACUCAAAAUGGAUGUAAAUAGCCUCCUUUAUCUCUCCCUGCCUGAUGCCCGGUCGAACACUUUGACGCCUUCCUAGCUGAUGCCACUGUGAACAACAUUAGCUUUGUACUCAUUGAUAGCUGACGUAUGUUUCCAUUGUUCAUUCAGUCUCAUGGGUCGUGUUCAUGAGAAGAUCAAAACCACUGUUGUGUCUGUACUGUAAAUAUGAAGCUACAACCCACAGCCGCUUAGCUUAGCAUAAAAACCGGAAACAAGGGGAAACAGUUAGCCUGUCUGUCUAAAGGUAACAAAAUACCUACCAGCACUAAUUAACACUAUAUAUUAUAGUCUAUACAAAAACAAAAUUAAAAAUGACAAGUUUGGGGUUUCACUGGGGGUUAUGGGUGGGACUAUUUCAUGGCCAGGCACAGUGACUUAUAGGAGUCACUCUCUGUAAAACCUCAAAUUGCUGGUUUUCUAUUUUGAUUCUUGUACAGAUUAAAACAAACAAGACACUACAUGUUCAUUAGUGAGCUUUAGAGGUGAUGGUAGGCAAAUUUCCUUACCUCUGGGCAGAUUCAGGCUAGCUUUUCCCCCUUGUUUUCAGUCUUUGUGCUAAGCUAAGCUAACUGACUGCUGGCUGUGCCUUCAUAUUUGGUGUGCAGGCAUGAGAGUGGUAUAAAUCUUCUUAUCUAACUCGAAAAAAUCUCCAGGUGGAUGUUCUGUAAGUUUUUUUCCCCCAAACCACAUAACUCUUGAUUUGACUUUGCAUAUUUUGUAUUAUUAACCCCAUGUCCCCCAUGUUCCCUGGACUGCAAUCGUAUAGAUCUUGAUGAUGACCAUGCAGCUGUGAAAAUAUUUGCUAUUUUUGUACUCACUUCCUUACACUGGACUAACCCAUUGCAUUUGUAGCUGUUUUGCCAUUUAUUUCCCAUUUUUAUUCAUUUAUUGUUUGUGAUGAAUCUGUACUUGUAGUUGAUCACUGCCAUUAGAUACACUACACUGCAUCUGCUGAUGCAGCGCUGGUAGUACCUAUGUUUACUCAGCAGGGGGAGGUAUUCAGCUUUGAAAUACCAAACAUGCUGCUGCAGGUAUCUGUCGUACACAAUUAAUCAAAGAUUCAAUUGUGAAAAUCUUGGUAUUUACAUUUUCAGGUUAUUCUUAUUUAAUCGAUUUAAUAGUUGUACUCUUUGUUUUGAGCUUAAACAUUUUGAUAGUUUAUUUUUUAAUAUGUUGAAUGAAAGGUUACAUUAAUAUAAGGGUUCUAUUAGCUUACUGUAUUUUUUUAUGCUCAGGCUUGCUGAUGUUAGUGAGUGUUUAUCCAAGUUGCUCAACAGUCCAGUUGAAAAUAACAUCUAUAGAAAAGGUAACUUACUAAAAGGCUCAUAUAGUUUUCUAAAGAAUCCUUUUUAGCAAGAGAUUUGUGCCACUUACAAAUAUCGAUUACUUAUUAUUAGAAAAAAAACACCCUCAUCUUGCUCUUGCUCAUUGUAUAUUUUUUAUGGCCUGGUGCAUUUUAUUUUACAUCUACUGAAAAGUUUUUUUUCUGUAUUCUUUAUGUAGCUGAGGGUGUUGUUAUGCCUCAACCAAUAGUGCAAAGGCAUUCUAUGCAAUAUACUGUCUUUCAUCUAUCCUAACUGUGCCCCAAAUAAAUCAACAUAUAUUUAU